AGCAGCAGCCUCGGUAUAAGAUCGGCGGUGAAGGGGAUCGGCUCACAGAAUCAGACCGAAGAUGGGUGUUAAAGGCCUGGCUACGUUGCUGGACAGUCACCGGGAGAUCUACCGGGACGUCCGGUUCAGACAGAGGCGGCUGGUAAUCGAUGGCUGCAACCUGAUUUACCAGCUGUACUUCCAAUCAGGUCUGGACCAGAAUCAUGGUGGGGAGUAUGCUGCUUUUGAGGAGCUGAUUGAGAAGUUCAUCAAAGCCCUCAGAGAGUGCUUGAUCACGCCGUACGUGGUCAUGGAUGGAGGCACCGACCAAACGGACAAAAAACUUGAAACUCUGACCCAAAGAGCCAAGGACCGAGCCAGGAGAGCCCAUCAAGCGAUGGUCAGCGGCAGGCAGGAGAACAUUCUGCCACAGAUGUUCAAGCUGGUGUUCAAACAGACGCUGACCCGGCUCCAGAUCCCGCUGGCUCAGUGCUUUGGAGAGGCCGAUCAGGAGAUUGCCGCCCUGGCCAACGAGUGGGAGUGCCCGGUUCUCUCCAACGACAGCGACUUCUACAUCUUCGACCUCCCGGCGGGGCUGCUGCCCAUCUCGCAUUUCCAGUGGCAGGCGGUGAAGAAGAGUGGCUCGCAGAGCUACAUCCCCUGUAAGAGCUACAACGCCUCCAGCUUCUGUACGCUCUUCAACAUCCAGCGCCAGCUCCUGCCCAUCUUCGCCGCCUUGGCUGGAAAUGAUUACGUGAAGCUACAGAAGAUGGAAUCGUCCAUCAGCUGGGCUCAGUUCUCCCGGGAAAGCAGCGGGACACCAGGCCACCACCUGGAGGGGCUGAUCGGCUGGCUGAGGGGCUUCCAGCAGCCUCAGGAGGCCUUGGAGGCGCUGCUGGGGCUGCUGGGAGGGCUGAACAAGAAGAAAAAAGAGGAGGUGCUGCGAGGCAUGAAUGUGGGGAUAGAGGAGUACAAGAUUCCUCCCAGCUCCCUGAAGAGGUUCUUCAUUCAUGGGAUAGCGCCUCCACUCCCUGCAGAGGAAAAAGUGGCAGGUCUCGUCCCAGACUGGGCCCGGCUGCCGCUGACGCAGGCCCAGCUCACUCCUGAUGUGCUGGAUGUGCUGCUGCUGCAGAGGAUGAGCCUCGGCUUCCCCGUGGACCACGCUGACUUCCCCAGCUCCAACCUGAUCUCCAGGCCGCUCCGCCAGGUGAUGUACGGGCUGCUGCUGGGCAGACGGGGGGCGCUCCAGGUGGAGGAGCGAGACAGGGACGGCCUCCAGCUGAAAUUUAUCAAAGUCAAACCUGUCUUCACACCGGUCACUCAGCAUCUGAAGCUCAACUCGCUGGAUAAGGUGGAGCCCUCUCAGCGUCUGCAGGUGUUACUGGAGGCUCUGGGGGUGACUGAGGCCUCACUGAGCCACCUGCCGCCUCAGCUGCGCCUCCCAGUGGCCGCCACCUGCUUCUGGCUGCAGAAUGCUCAACCUCCCCCGGAUGAGAGUCAGCUGAAGGCUCUGCUGCUGGGACUCAGCAACGGAGACGCACUGAGGCACAGAGCAGGUCUGCAGACAACAAAUCGAGUCUUUAAGGAAAGGGUGGAUGUGGGCGUGGGCGUGGCUCAUGCAUUUAACGAGUGGCAGGCCUGCCUGAAGAACAGCAUCCACCUGAACCAGCUGCUGGGCUUCCCCUUAGCUGAACCACAAGUCUCUCAGUUAUAUGAGGGGACGCUGAUCCACCAGAUGGUCCACAGGAUGAGGACUGGAGGUAAACUGAGGCUGAAGAGCGAUCCCUCCAGUGUGAAACUGUAUCAGUCCAUGUUGGCAGUCGUCCACCAGUUUCAUCCUAAGGUAGCGUCAACGCCACAGCGGCAGCCUCUGGACGACCUGACCACCAACCUGCAGCAGCUGUUCCUCCUGUACGAGUAUGACGACGAGACCCCGACUGAAAUCAGCAGCGUGGCCGAAGUUCAAUUGGAUCUACAUCUGGAUGACUUGUUGUCAGUAAAAACUCGUUACAGAGUGAAGGAGAGAAACAACCGGUGCAAAAACCCAGAACUGGCCCGCAAAGCAGAGUGCAGGGGCCAGGACCUCCUCGGAUAGCUGUCCAGCUCCAAGUCCACUUUAUGGACCAGAAGCAAACUGGUGCUGCUGUUUUUGCCAUAAUGUGUUGUUUUGUAUUCUGUCAUCUUACCAGUUUUAGCGUAACCUGUUAAAAGGGGCUUUCAUUCAUUUUUGGCUAAAUGUAAAUGUAAAUGUUCCGUACUUGUAUAGCGCCUUUCUAGUCUUUUCGACCACUCAAAGCGCUUUUACAGUACAU